AUGAAGUUGCAGGCUGAAGCUGGGCUGCUACUGCUGCUGUGGGUGAUGAGCUGUGCACACGCACAGAAACUUAUUCACGUAGAACCACGAUAUGCAUCGAUUGUUGAAGUGACCAACGGUGGUACCUGGGGUGACUGGGCCUGGCCUGAGAUGUGUCCUGAUGGAUACUUUGCCAGUGGGUUCUCUGUCAAGGUGGAGCCCCCUCAAGGCAUUCCUGGAGAUGACACAGCCCUGAAUGGAAUCCGGCUGCACUGCACUCGAGGGAACGCACAGCAAAACACCCAUGUCGUGGAGUCCCAGUCUGGGAGCUGGGGCUCAUGGAGUGAGCCUCUGUGGUGCCCUGGCACUAGCUUCCUAGUGGCUUUCUGCCUUCGGGUGGAGCCAUUUACGUUUCCAGGGGACAACACGGGAGUGAACAACGUGCGCUUCCGUUGCUCGGACGGUGUGGAGCUGGAAGGGCCUGGGCUGAACUGGGGAGACUAUGGAGAGUGGAGCGACUCGUGUCCCAAAGGUGUCUGUGGCUUGCAGACCAAAAUCCAGAAGCCUAGAGGCCUCCGAGAUGACACUGCACUUAAUGACGUCAGAAUAUUCUGCUGUAACAGCUGAUGCUGUCAGUCUGCCAGCACUGCCUCUUACUAUUAAAGCUUCUUCCUGGUCUUGGC